GGGAACCCCUCUCCCCAAACUUCAGAACUCCUUGUGAAACAGAAUUACUAUUCUCAACCUAGCUCUGUUGGAAGCCUUGGCCCAGGGCAGUCUGCUCUCAGACUAUCCCGGUGCUGGGAACCCGGGAAACUCUGGGAGUGAGAGGUGCCAGGGAGUUGCAAAUUUGAGAGCCAGGACUCCCAGGGUCCCAGAAGCUGGGGGCCUGGAACCCCACGAUCCCAGUCAGCCAGCUAGAUUGGCUGCCAAGGAGCUGGAUGGGUGCACUGGCAAAACACCAGGCAGGUUUCAAAGGACCCCUGCCUGGCUUCUGGAGGAAUUUCAUCAAAACUGAACUGUCUCUAAAAUAUUUUCAUGAAUCAGCAAAUUCGAACAAAAAUUGCUUAAUUAAAGUUUUUCCGACUAGCUGUAGUUGGAAUCACUCUACUUUACCAUAGAAGAGAUGGCUGUGUGAGGUGCGUGAUGUGAUUAUCCCUUACUUACCAACUUGCGGGGCUUUCUUGGCUGUAGGAGGAUGAUGCUUUUCGCUCAAUGGCCUUUGUCCUAUUUGGCAUCCUGGCCCGCUUGACAAAGAAGAAAUGGAAGGCCUAUUUCGCCGAGCAGGUUAGGCAGAGCUGGGUCACAUUUCUGCUGCACCUGCGAGACCCGAACCCUGAGGUUUCAAUGGAAUGCAGAGCUACGUUUCGCCUCUGUUUCCCAUUUUUGGGACUGAAGAGACUCCAACCUGUAAUUAAUAAGCACCUUGGUGGCACAGCCAGGCUGAAGCCUGAAGAGCUCCAGGAGGACAUUUGCAGACACCUUGCCAAAGAGAAUGCAGAGCUGCUGGGGAACUUGUACAGCACCACCAUCACGUACUUCUAUAGCAGCUGGGAAGGGAUCCGAGAAUCCACCACAACCUUUGAUUCCUCUGUUUAUGCCUCCAAGGAUCAUUUCAGCCCUUUUGGCCACAACUUGGCAUUGGGAGCUUAUGUUCAACUGAUUAUCUGCCAUGGCUCAAGUUUUUUUUCAGCAUCAUUGCUUCCUGGGAUAGAGUCUCCCAUCCUGUAA